AUGUCAAGGAAUCAAGUUGAUGAGGAGGUUAAUAAACCUUUAUUAUCAUUUAUUGAUAAUCAGCCACAACAACAACCACCAGAAGAGCCAGAACAACAACUGUUGAAUUUACCACAAUAUUCAGAUAUUUCAUCAUUAGAUAUUCAUGAAGAAGAAUUAGAGUCAGAAACUGAAGAAGUAUCAACAGAAACAGAUGAAGAAAAACAACCAUUGAUUUAUACUGAAGAAAAAGUCUCUCAAGAUGAUGACAAUGAUGAUGAUAAAUAUUUUGAUGAAAAAAAAGAUAGACUUGAUUUAGAAGCAAAUAAAUUAAAAGAUAAUAAAUCUAAAAAAUGUUUAAUAACAAUUAGAAUCAUCAAGUUCGUAUUAAUUUCAAGUAUUCUGAUUUAUGCUUUAUUUUCAUUUACAAAUGUAUUUGAUUCAAUUUUACCUUUUAAAAAUGAAAAAUCAUACAUUACUACUCCACAAGCAAUUAUUGAAUCAAUGGAUGGUAAAAAGAUUCGUCAUCCACAUUCUUAUUUACUUAAUUUAAUGAAUAUUGAUCAAGAUCAAAUUGAAAAUGAAGAAGAACAAAAUUUUGGAUUAGGAAAAGAGAUUAUUGAAGUAUCUAAUCCUUUUAGACCAGGUCAAAAUUAUGAUAAGAUAGUUUAUAGAACUAAAUUAUUACAACAUUCAUUUGGAAAUUCUUAUGGUCAUCCAAAAGUAGUAAAAUUUUCAAUCCCCAAAAAUAUUACUUUCAAUUCUGUAGUAUUAGGUUUAUUAACUGAAGCUGAAGGAAUUCAAUAUGAUAGAUUAGCUAAUAUCUUUGUUAAUGGUGUACAAAUUUGGAGAACUUCAACAAUUGAACCUGGUGGACAUAAAGUUUUUUCAUUUUUUAAAAAAGAUGUUUCAAAAUAUUCCAAUUUAUUUAAAGGUGAUGAUAAUGAAAUUUUAUUUGAAUUAAAUAAUAUUGUUAAUGAUAAAUAUACUGGUAGUUUUAAUGUUACUUUGGAAGCAGAAUUUUUGAAUUUUGAACAUGAUGAUCAUCAUAAAAAGCAUAAAAACCAUAAAGAACAUAAAGAACAUAAAGAACAUAAAGAACAUAAAGAACAUAAAGGAGAGCAUGAAGAAAAUGAAUUAAAUUUGAAUGAAUUUUAUAAUCAUCAUCAAAACAUUGAUCAUGAAAAUAAAAAAGUAGGAUGUGGAGGAGACAAUCAAAAACAUGCUUUAAAAUCUAUUAAUAAAUUUGCAAAAUUACUUGGUUGGAAUGAAAAUAAACCAAAAAAUAAUUAUAAAAGAUCAGAACAUUAUGAAAGUGAUUCAGAUUCAGAUUCAGAUUCAGAUUCAGACGAUUCAGAUUUAGAAUUUGAUUCAGAAAUUAAUGAAAAUUGGAAAUCAGAUAAAAAACCUUUUGGAAUUAGAAAAGGUGGUGUUGUUCAUUAUAAUAAUGAUGAUAAUAAAGAUGAAGAUAAGAAAUCAAAUGGAAAACCUUUUGGAAUUAGAAAAGGUGGUGUUAUCCAUUAUAAUGAUGGUAAAGAUGAUGAUGAUAAAAAACCCCAUCCAACUGAUAUACCUAAAAAACCACAUCAUCCAAAACCUCCACAUCAUAAACCUCCACAUCAUAAACCACCACAUCAUAAACCUCCUCAUGAUAAACCACCACAUCAUAAACCUCCUCAUGAUAAACCACCACAUCAUAAACCUCCUCAUGAUAAACCACCACAUCAUAAACCUCCUCAUGAUAAACCACCACAUCAUAAACCUCCUCAUGAUAAACCACCACAUCAUAAACCUCCUCAUGAUAAACCACCACAUCAUCCACCACCAUACCAUCCUCCUCCACAUCAUCCUCCUCCACAUCAUUAUAAACCACCACAUAAAGAUGGACAUUUAUUUAAAAUUGCAAGACCUGCUGAUUCAAUUCAUUCAUUAGUAUCAAGUAAAAAAGGUGAAGCAGCAAUUGAAUAUCUUUCAUCAAAAAGUCUUAAAGUAAAAUUACCAAGUGUUCCAAAAAAUACAACACGUUUACAAUUAUCAGUUUUCACAUCUGGAAAUUCAGCUGAAGAAUUUUGGUAUACUAAUGUAAUUGAUGAAUUUAAAGAUAUUUUUGAAGAUGAUAAUGGUACUAAAUUUAUUGGUAAAGGUCCAAUAAGAAUUUUAAAUGUUUAUCUUAAUGGUGAAAAAAUUGUUUCACAAACUCCGGAACCAGUUAUAUUUACAGGUGGUAUUUCUCCUGCAUUAUGGAAUCCAGUUGUUUCUAAUUCUGCUUUUGAUGUUCCAGCUAUUGAUGUUGAUGUUACUCCAAUUUUACCAUUAAUUUGGGAACAUCAAUAUAAAGAUGAUCAAAUUUUAGAAAUUGAAAUUAGUAAUGGAUUAGGAGAAGUUGGUUUAUCUAAUAAUACUUUUGUAAAUUCAAAUUGGAUAACUUCUGCAAAUUUAUUAGGAUUUGAAAAUUCUGAAGUUAUUGGCUCAUCUGGUGAAUUAAUUAGUAUUGAUCAUCAAAGUAGAGCAGGUGUUGUACCAAUUGCUAUUCCUUUUACUCAUGCAUUCCAACAAAUUGUAAAUGGUAUAUUCAGUGCUGAAAUUAAAAGUAAUUUAAUAUUUGAAUUAAAAAAUAAAACUUUAAAUACAACUUUUAGUUCUUAUUCAAAAGGUGAGAUUUCAAAUAUUCAAAGUUAUUUACAAGAUGGUAAUAUUCAAGGUUUAGUUCAUGUUGGUCAUUCAUCAAGUUCAUUUAUUAUUCAAGACAAUGAUUUACCAGAACAUCCAGAACCAGAAGGAAAACAUGGUAAACAUGGAAAACAUCAUCAUAAACAUCAUUUACUUCCUUUUAAUACUAUUCAUUCAGUAAACACUUCAUUAAGUUAUCCAUUACUUUUAAAAUCAAAAAUAAAUGAUAAAUCAAUAAAUGAAAAUGAAUAUGAUAUUGAAUAUGAUGUAAACAUUGUAGAUGUUAAAACAUUAGCAAUGAAAUUUGAUGGAUUUAGAGGUAAAAUUAAUAUAAAUAAAGCUCAAAAUGGUUCUUCAAAAUUUUUUUUAUCAAAUAAAGGAAAUCAUGGAUUUGGUAGUUUAACUUCUAAAUUUAAAGAAUCUAUUAGAUUUGGUCCUUUUGAAAAAGGUUUAAAAAGAAGAGUUGAUGCUGUUAAUGGAACUAUUGUUGAUGAAUCUUUAAUUAUUGAUCCACAUAAGAAACAAGGAAAUGGUAAACAUCAUUUUGGAAAACAAAAUGGUAAAUAUUACGAAAAACAUGGAAAACAUCAUGAUAAACAAGAACAAAAAAUUAAGGAUAAUACAAAACAUCAUAAAUUUUCAAUUUUAGAUAAAAUUUUUAAACAUUGUGGUGUUGGUCGUAGAACAGUGGAACAAAAAUUUGAAAGAGUAUUCAAAAUUUUAAAUAAUAAUAAUCCAUUUAAUAUUAAUGUUGAAAAAUUAGCUUUACAAUUAUCUAAAAUUCAAAUAGUUUGA